GACCAGAGCAAAUCUCUMAAGUUCUUUCUCUCUACAUGUAACUAAAAGCCAGGUAAAAAAGAUGAAUUUUUUAGCUUUCCUUAGCGUUUUUGCCCUAUUUUUAGUGGCAGUGAAUGCCUCUAAAGGUACUGUUGUCACUAAGAAGGUAUUUUUCGACAUCACUAUUGGUGGGAAGGAAGCAGGAAGAAUCGUAAUAGGACUGUUUGGUAAAACCGUGCCAAAAACUGCGGAAAAUUUCUAUCAAUUGGCGACACACGAGAAAGGAUUUGGAUACAAAGGGAGUGUCUUCCACAGAGUUAUUCAGGACUUUAUGAUCCAAGGUGGAGACUUCACUAGAGGAGAUGGUACUGGAGGCAAGAGUAUUUAUGGUGAAAAAUUUGCAGAUGAAAACUUUAAGCUCCAACAUUAUGGUGCGGGUUGGCUGAGCAUGGCUAAUGCUGGUAAAGACACCAAUGGAUCUCAAUUCUUUAUUACCACUGUCAAAACACCCUGGCUUGAUGGAAGACAUGUUGUCUUUGGAAAGGUUCUUAGUGGAAUGGAUGUUGUGCGUAAGAUCGAGAAGAGCAAGACAAACCAUUCUGACAGACCAACAAGUGAUGUCAAGAUUGCUGACUCCGGGUCACUACCGGUUGAGAAGCCAUUUGAAGUCACUGAUGACGCGGCAGAGGAGAAAUAAUUUGAAUUUUGCGUUACUCUUCUUUCAAUAAAAACAUUUUUGUCACAAUCAAAA